AUGGGAGAGAUACUUCUGGAAAAGGCACUGGGGUAUUUGUCUUCAGACAAGCAAAAGGAACGUGCUGAUGGGCUAGCAGACCUGAAACACAUUUUCCAGCAAAACAAACAAAGCCCCAAACUCUCAGACCUUAGCGAUAAAGCCUGUCACAAAAUCUUCGAGUCCCUUUUUCGAUUUGUUGCUUCAGAAAGAUCGAUUUAUAUUCGAGCCCAGAGAUCGAAUUCCAGAAGCCCUUCUGCCACCCGAUUGUCAACAUGUGCGUCAGUCUUGCGAGCCGCAGUUGACAUCUUCCUGCGAAACUUAAGAACCAAGACCGUUCGUGCGAUUAUUGAUCACAUCAUCGAAACGAUCCCUCUUCCAGGCGAGGGACUAUGGGAACCACUGAGUGUCGACUAUACCAAAUGUCUGGUAUCUCUCCUACGCUAUCCUCCUCACACCGAGCAUCUCAGUGAUACGGAAUGGGAGAAACUGAUAGAUUUCUGCCUUGCUGCCAUUGGCCUACAAGAGGGAAACGAGAGUCAACUUACCAUUCGCAGCGGGCAACGGUCCGCCUUCGAUGAAGGGCCGGAUGGCAGUGACGGCCGCUCCACCCCCUCUAGGUCGACCCCGGCCCCAGCUACUCGAGAAAAGCAUGUAGGCGAUAGGAAUGUCAUUGGUGAAGCUGUCACAUGUAUACAGUUGUUGACCGCUAGCCCCAGUGCGCCGGUACAGGCGGCAGCUGAAAACAUACUUCAAGGCCUUGUGGAGUUUGUUAAAUCGCCAUCUCUCAUGGUUGGAAAUUCACACCAGCUUGCAUUCAGUAGCAUCAAUACAGUCGCUUCAAAAGUUUUGUUCGACCAAUCCCAGCUGGCCAGAGAAACUCUCUUGGGCUUGAUACCCGUAAUACGCCGCAUAUGGGUCACUAAGAUCAACACUUUGAAAGACGAGCUCCUCAUUACCUUAAUGCUGAGUAUUGUUAUCUUAUUUGAUCGAACUAGCAACCAUCUUACAGAGUCACUCGUACACUCAAUAGAAGGACUGACGGGGUCUUUACACUCCGAAUACCUGAAACGACCCGAAAAGGAAUUGCUCCAAAUCGAUGACAUAGUCUUUGUGCAAACGAUGGCGAAUGAAAACCAAAUUGUAUACGGUCCUCGCUUUGGAAAUGCCCGAUCAGAACAUAACUGGACGGUUCUCUGGGUCAUUGCCCAUCUGUUGAGGUUGUUGGAAGCCAACGCCAGCCAAGUAUCAUUGAGAUAUCAGUCUGGCGGUGAAUCAUUACACAAAAGACAGCGUAUCAGCUCCGUGAUAGAGGCAGUCACCCAAGACGCUAUAUCUGCAACGGGAACACGAAGGAUUUGUGCUUUGCAGUUAAUCCAGUUUCUUGAGAUUGAGAUCGAAAUAGAGAGGAAGGAAGACUUGACUCGGCGACUAGUCCCUAAUAUUCUCGAUGACAACCCGACAAUAGCGUCUUGGACUAUGAUGGCUUUGAACAGUAUCGCUAGAGGCCGUGAUGCCAAUCGGCCUGCUCUCAAGGAGCACUGGCCACGCACAGUUGACCUCUCAAUCCGUUCAUUCUCUUCCUCAGUCACUUCGCGUGCUGCUUGCAAGUUAAUGACCUCUAUCUUAGAAAGGGAAUUAUUGGAGUACACAGCCAUGACAGAAGCUUUUCGCUCGAUGCUGUCCUCUGCUAAUUUGAAUGGGCCUUCUGCCAUUUCAGAGGCUUCGCUAGAAUUGUGGGCACUGAUUGCACGGAAGAAAGCGCAAUUGAAUCCAGGUACCACUCAAAGCUCUUCGAAGCAAAUGUGUAGCUGGAUCAGAGAGGCUUGGACGAUUGGCACAGUGACAGAUCGAAUUCAAACAGCCAAUGUCGCGUUAUUUGCACGACCAGUGGAAUUGCUUAACCUUUUCCUAGCCUGUACAAAUCGCCCCUACGAUCUUCCAUAUCUUCCACAAGCAGGGCCUCCGGGGCUAAUUGCAAAGGCCUGGUUUUUCUUUCAUGAGAACCGAGACAUUCUACAAUACAUUUUCAGUGUUAAGACUUUACUCGAUUAUUGGACACCAUGGACCGGAGAUGGGAACUGGGCCUUGACGAUGCAGAUACGACAUGAUCCAGACGAUGAGAUUAUAAUAGAGCUUUUACGAUCGAAGUCGGAAAACUUUCUGCAGGCAUGGUAUUUAUUCUCCGAGGACAAGUCACAUCAUAUCACGAAUGAAGUCCUUCAAAUCUUGACGUCGUUUUGCAUUGUGUGUGGCCUCUAUGUGGCAUACCUUCCGCAAGACUUAGCUUCAAAGGUGCAAGAUCUACAGCAGAGUUGCCAAAAAUUAUGGUUAAGUAUAUGUGAAUUCCUGGAUGCACAUGGGUCCAGCUCUCUGCAGGCUUGCCUGGAAUUAUUUUAUCCAAUACUCCCUUCACUCUCGUGCUCCGAACCCCAACCCACUGUUUGGAAUGGUAUCUAUUUUCUUCUUGUGCCACUAACCGAAGUCCUCGAGAAAGAACGCAAAGCCCAAAAAUCAAACAAAUUUGCAUCAACAGAUCUCAUGGACUUGGAUGAUCAAUUUAUACCCAACUCUACCGAGCCUGAUGGCAACCAGGCAAUAUUUGCGUCGAAUAGAGAAUCUGUACCGUUUCACUCAGGCACAGCAUCGUUCCAACGUUGUUUGACUAUCCAUAUAUCUCUUCUCCUCCGGCUACAUAGCAAUUUUGAAACUUCAGAGAUACCCAAAUCAACAACCCUGGCUGAAUACUUGACAGAUCUUGGAGAGGCAGAUGUCCUAUCUGCACGCCACAUUCUGCCUGAUGCCUAUCAUGCUUGUAUGAAGUGCGGUCGAGAAGAAUUACUCCACCUUCUUGAAGACGUCGGGGAGAAAUGCUUGCAAUCGUAUGAGAUGGAACGCUGCGAAGCUUCGCACGGCGUUUCCAUUCGUGUGAUGUGUAGUCUUGUUGCUUGCUGGACGGGCACACAGACUGAUGAUUUGAAUGACUCAGCCAUGGACCUGUACGGUUGGUUCUUAGAGGCCCUUCUAGCGCGGAAAAGGGCAUCACCUAGGGUUUAUAUAGCUCUCUCCGAGCUAAUUCAGGCGGUCUUGGGGGCAUGCCCUUCAUAUGGAAGUGCACAGUCCCUCCCAUCACCACGCACAAGCCUUUUCACAAUACUCCACGAGGGAGACGCACAGGUCAAAUUCAAUGUUGCGAAGUUUAUUCCAACGCUGUUUGAAAGGUUUCUUCUCAAGGACCAUGACGCGAUAUUUGAUGACGUGCUCAACAGCUUGCCUAGAGACCCCGAUUGGAUUGAAGGAAUUGCCGUUCGUUUGUUCGUCUUGUCUAGGCUAGCUUCCGAAUGGCACACGUUGCUGCGAAGAAGUAUUUACCACAUGUUUGAAACGCCAGGUCAAGUGCCACUUUCCUUGUCAUAUGCUCGUAAGUGCAUGGAUGCCGUUUCCGUUGCCUUAAGCCUGCAAGAUGGGCGAGAGCUAUUCCGACUUUUUGCAUCUCAAAUCCUCUAUACAUGGACCGAAACCCAACCCGUUAGUUCUAUUCCUUUCAGCAUCUUCGGGUAUGCAGAUCUCAAAGAGUUACUCCUGGAUGUGAAAGAUGAAGUUGUUGGACAAAUGAUGAUGCGUGGCAAAGUGUCAGAGACCAAGGAACUUGCGACUCUCCUCGAAGAGCCCCAUACUAAGCUUUUAGAAGCAUCAUUCUACAAAGCGGAGGCCUAUAGCAUCGCUCGUGAUAUCUGCACACCCCCUGACCAGGGAAGCCAGCCAGAUGGCGCGGAAAUCCAUUUACGAAAGCUCCUCGGACCUAAUGGGUUUGUCGCUCAAAUAGAAAGCCAACUCCCUCAAAUAAUCGCCACCAUUUUCAAGUCCAUUGAUCGAUACGACCAAAUCGAGCGAGCAUACGCCAAGCGCCCUGUCUUUGCUUACGCGCUCGAUAUUCAGUCAAAGAUCGCUAGUAAAUGCGAUCCCCUGAACUCCCUUCCGGCGAACCAGCAACCGUCUUUUCGGGCUCGUUAUCUUUUAGAUGAGCUGGACUUCGUUUGUAAACGUGCGGGAUUUGAGCUAGAAUCCAUAUGGACAUCCACAUUAGCUUCAUACGUAUGUCGCUCCUUGUUAGAGUCAAUACAUCCUGCUUUAGGAUCCUUACAUUCAUGCUCUGUUAUUCGAAAAAUCAGAAUCUUGGUCUGCCUGACUGGGCCAAUAAUGCUCGAAGACUACCCACUUGAGAUGCUACUAAAUGCCCUACGCCCCUUUCUCAUUGAUAUUCAUUGCUGUGAAGAUGCUCUGGGGAUCCUUUGGUACCUCUUUGACGCUGGCAAGACAUACUUAAUGCGGCACCCUGGAUUUGUGACAGGAGUUUUCAUAUCUAUGUCAGUUACUCUCCGCAAGCUUUUUAUGUCAACCCCAGAAAGUACAACCCAAGAGAGUCAAUUUAGAGCCGUGUUAUCGAAUUCUCAAAGAUUCCACCAGUGGCUUGAUGACACGAUUGAGGAUUACCAAUCGCCUGAUUGGAGCGAAGCAAUCAAGCAUUCAUUUUCUCGACUCGUGGAUCUUACCAAGAAGCUCUCUACCCACGAUGAUACGGCUCCUGGUCAAUAUGAAAGGGCACUAGUGUUUGAGGUGCUUAAAGAUCGUGACUCUGAGCAACCCUUGUUGAGCCAGUCAAUCGGUGACCUAGUUCUAUCACUGCUGUGCCCUGAGUUCAAACGCAAUUCAAAUGAGCAUGAUUACAGUUCCAACAAUGAUUUCCACCCGCACUCUCAUGUCGUUUCCCUCUGGAAUACAUUGGACAAAUUUGAUGGUGCGUCUGGGUACUCCUUAUGGGCAGCCCGGCUUAUUGGGCGCUCAUUUGCUGCUACCGGCAAGAUAGACGAAAGCUUGUUGCGAGAGCAGGACAAGGCACUGUUCCAGGUAUUUGAUGACAACCAAGAACUCGACGAUCUUUGCCAGUCCAAGUCCAAUAUUCUUCAAAUUCUUUGCGAGAGAUUACCACUGCACAGCCAUGUGGAAUCCAGUUUGAUUGAACGUACCCUUCAGCUGAUAAUUAGCAAAAUCACCAAGUUUCCUGAUUUCCAAGGCUGUGUAGAGAUUAUCCCCGAAUCUCUCAUGAAAUCUCUGAUCUGGGUUCCAUAUUCCUGCCCACAGAUCACUAUUUCAGAACAAGAAAAAACUCUUCGUGCCCCUACCAAGAAGAGUAGACGGGAAACCUCCGUCGUUGAUUGGGCCUGUGAAGUUUCUCUUCUUCUGGUCGGAGUAGCUACCAGUGACCCAGUGAUUGGUUCACUACGAAAUAUUCUCACUGUGAUUCCCUCUCUGGCUGUCCAGUUACUGCCGUACAUUGUUCACGAUGUGCUACUCGCAGAAGAAGAAAAAAGAGACCAGAUCCGACAAGAGAUAUCUGACAAGUUCAAGCAAAUUUUGCAAGAUGUGCAUGAAGAAACGAUGCCUCAUGCUAGGGUUGUAAUAAAUUGUAUCCUCUACCUUCGCAAUCAACCUGUUCCAGACGAAUCAACUAUUGUUGAGCGCGAUAGCUGGGUGGACAUUGAUUUCGGUGAAGCAUCUUCAGCAGCCCAUAAAUGUGGGUUGGAGAAAACCGCAUUGCUCUUUCUCGAAAUACAAGCAUCCAGAAUUGUCUCAGGAUCGCGUCGUUUGUCAGUCGCAUCAUAUGAACCACCAGGCGAGCUUCUUCAUGACAUUUUCAAGCAUGUGGAUGACCCGGAUAUCUUUUAUGGAAUACAGCAAAAGUCUUCAUUGGCCACUGUUAUGGAGCGACUUGAGUAUGAAGGCUCUGGACUUAAAAAUCUUUUAUUCCAGAGCGCGGAGUAUGACAGUGAGAUUCAAAUAUCGGGAAUCGCAAACCCAUUCGGGGUGGUGAAAGCUCUGAAUGCCACCAAUUUACAGGGAAUCGCUAGUACGAUGCUAUCGGCUUCCAGUGGUACAAAGGAUACGUCUCUUCCUUCAGAUAGCAUAUUGCAAAGCGCAACUAGCUUGCAACAGUGGGAUUUACCCGUGUCUCCAUUAGAUUAUUCCCCAUCGGCUACGGUUUUUCGUGCUUUCCAAAGCUUAAAAACAUCAACUUCAUUCCCAGAGAUAUUCAAUUGCAUCGAUGACUGUUUGUUAACCGUGUUGAACUCUGUGACUGGAACUAGUCACUCUGCAAUAGAAAUUCGGAAUGGGAUGCGCGCGUUGGGUAUCAUGACUGAAAUGAGUGACGUGAUCCGUGCUUCAUCACUCAAUGAUGUUGACACAGAAUGGAAGCGUAUGGUAGACAGAAGUAAUUGGCUAAGAACUGAAAGCUACCAAGAGGUUGGAGAGAUUCUGAGUUGGCACGAGGCAUUAUUCUCAUCGAUCAGGAGAAGUGAUCUUUUUCAAUCCAAGAUGAACAUGAGCCUUUCAGAGUCGCGAAUACUUGAAGCAAAAGCCUUUCGCAAGUCCCUUGAGGUUACAAGAAUUCAUGGCGUCUCACAGGCAUCAUUGAAAUCAGCAAUCACUCUCUCAAGAUUGGCCAAACCUUGUGCUGAAUUAGGGAUGAAUAUCGAUGCAGUCGCUAGAUUUGACCUGGCCAAUGUCCUUUGGGAUCAAGGUGAAAUGACGGCGUCGAUCCGAAUGUUACAGCAUCUCAAAGGACAGAGUGACUUGCACAAGCAAGCAAUUCCCCUUAGUCGCUCGGAGCUCCUUGUCACCCUUGGUCAUCAUGUCGCCGAAGCACGCCUGGAGAAACCGGAUUCAAUACUUCAAGAUUAUCUAUCACCGGCCGUGAAAGAACUGAAAGGUGCCUCCGAGGGAGAAACUGCGGGGCGAGUGUACCAUGGCUUCGCAACUUUCUGUGACCAGCAGUUGCUAAACCCCGACGGGCUGGAGGACUUCAAGCGAGUAGAACAGUUGCGAAAUCGAAAAGAAAGUGAGCUUCUUGGCCUUGAUGAUAUGAUGAAAACCGCCGAAGGUCGCGAGAAGGAGUCUCUUCGACACUUCCGCGCCAAAGCCAAACAGUGGUUCGAUCUCGAUGACCGCGAAUACCAGCGUCUUCUCCGGAGUCGAGAGGCUUUUUUGCAGAGAUGCCUAGAAAAUUAUCUCCUUGCAUUGAGAGAAAGCGACACCUACAAUAAUGAUGCCCUCCGAUUCUGUGCACUUUGGCUAGACAAGUCUAGUAGCAAGAUUGCAAACGUGGCCGUGUCUAAAUUUCUUGACGAGGUCCCAACCUACAAAUUUGCGCCACUCAUGAACCAGCUCUCUUCCCGCCUACUGGAUGUUUCUGAUGAUUUCCAGAAAUUGCUCACGGGGCUGGUUUACAAAAUCUGUGUGGAGCAUCCGUUCCAUGGAAUGUAUCAGAUAUUUGCAAGCAGCAAGUCUAAAGGAGGAAAGGACCCAUCUUCACACUCUCGAUUCCGUGCUGCUAACCAAUUAGUGGACCGUUUGAAAAAUGAUCCCAAAAUGGGUCACACUUGGGUCGCAGUACACAAUAUGAAUAUCACAUACGUGCGCUUCGCAGUUGAUAAACCGGACAGCAAAUUCAAGACAGGCGCCAAGAUUCCGCUGAAGAAGCUCCCAACUGGUGAACGUCUUGGGCAGGAUGUUGCAGUCUACAAACUACCGCCGCCCACUAUGAAAAUCAAGCUCCGACAAGACCGAGACUACAGCCAAGUUCCUGCUGUUGUCAAAUUCUCCUCUGAAUUCACACUUGCGUCCGGUGUCAGCGCCCCGAAAAUCGUGACCGCAGUUGCAUCUAAUGGCAUUCGCUAUAAACAACUGGGAGGAAAUGAUGAUCUUCGCCAAGACGCGAUCAUGGAGCAAGUCUUCGAGCAAGUGAGCAGCGUCUUGAAUGACCAUCAGUCAACUCGCCAAAGAAAUCUAGGUAUCCGAACCUACAAAGUUCUACCAUUGACCCUUAACGCGGGAAUAAUCGAAUUUGUCCCUAAUACAAUCCCGUUGCACGACUAUUUGAUGCCUGCACACCAGCGGUAUUUCCCCAAAGAUAUGAAGCCCAGCGCAUGUCGAAAGCACAUUGGAGAUGUGCAAACCAGAUCACUUGAGCAACGUGUACGGACAUAUCGACAGGUGACAGAGCACUUCCAUCCAGUCAUGAAGUUUUUCUUCAUGGAAAAGUUCAACAACCCCGAUGACUGGUUUAGCAAGAGACUGGCAUACACCAGAAGUACAGCUGCGAUUUCUAUUCUAGGUCAUAUCUUGGGACUUGGUGAUCGCCAUGGUCACAAUAUCCUACUGGAUGAGAAGACAGGAGAGGUUGUACACAUUGAUCUCGGCGUAGCAUUUGAACAAGGUCGCAUUCUACCUGUGCCAGAGGUUGUGCCUUUCCGACUCACUCGAGACCUUGUCGAUGGAUUUGGAAUAACAAAGACAGAAGGUGUUUUCCGGCGAUGCUGCGAAUUCACCCUGGAAGCACUUCGACAAGAGUCCUACAGCAUCAUGACAAUUCUCGAUGUUCUUCGGUACGAUCCGUUGUACAGCUGGACCGUAUCACCGCUGCGAAUGAAAAAGAUGCAGGAUAACCAAGACGCGGACAAUGGCCCACCUGUCGUUCCUGGUUCAGAAGAAAAAUCGUCGACAAACGAACCCAGCGAGGCCGAUAGAGCCUUAACAGUGGUCGCAAAGAAAUUGAGCAAAACAUUGAGUGUUACAGCUACUGUGAACGAACUCAUUCAGCAGGCAACAGACGAAAGAAACCUUGCUGUCCUAUACAGUGGGUGGGCAUCGUAUGCUUAG